AUGCCUUCCCCCCUCACAAACAAACCUCCCCUCGAUGUCGCCCAUUUGGCCGGUCUUAUCCUUGAAUGCCUGUUUAAUGGUGUCUUCUGGGUGCUAUUUAUCCGGUGUAACGAAGUCCUCUGGCGACGAUCCAAAGCUCGAGACGAAACACUUUUCAAGCCCAUUUUCAUCGUGGCAUGGAUCCUGUUCGGAACGAUAACCGCGCAUCUGAUUAUCGAUAUCUACGCCUCAUUCAAAGCGUUUAUUUUGCCUCAAGACGAGACUACUACCAUUGAAGCUGGUCAAAUCAACCCAGCUCAGCUGUUCUACAUGUCCCUGGAUCACCCGUCCAGCGUCGCGUAUUCUGCCCUUUACGUCACGACGACCCUCAUCGCCGACGGAUUCCUCAUAUACCGGCUGUAUAUCGUUUGGUCUUACAAUCGUCCGAUAACCAUCCUUCCUAUCCUUCUCUGGAUAUCGUUAUUUAUUACAGGGACGGUCACGACCUGGCUCUUCCAGAACUCCAGGCAAACUAUCUUUGGCGUGUCACGCCGAUGGAUCCUCGCAUGUUUCUCGAUAACUUUCCUUUGUAAUUUCUACUGCACAACGCUUAUUGCGUUCCGAGUUGCAAUGUCCCAACGCAACUUGCGAGUGAUGGACACAGCCCCUUCUGGAUUAUCUAGAAUCCUUGAAAUAUUAAUUCAAAGUGCCGCGCUUUAUGGCGUGCUCGUUAUCCUAUCGCUGGCAUUCAUGAUCAUUAGCUCUAACGUGGUAUGGAUAACCGUCGGCAUGACAAACCCAGUCAUCGGCGUUAUCUUCUGCAUGAUCGUCACCCGUACACACUCGCACCUCGCGCAACAAGCAGUCACUGCCUCCUACGUGCGCCAGACGUCCGCGCCCAUGGGCUCCGGCGGGCAGGUUGCCACUGUCAAGGGUCAGUCGUCACCCCCGCCACCACCUCCGGUGGCCGGCCCUAUCGUCACGAUCGUGAUGAAGAAACGUAUCCACGAAGACCACCCGUCUACUCCUACGCCUAUCCCACUCAUGCCUACCUCUGACGCGCGCGAUAGUGGUGAGAGCUCGCCGCCGGACUCGCCGUUGGAUCAUCGCCCGCUCACGCCAUAUACCGGUGCUGAGGCGGUCUAA